UCACAAUUCUCAGAAUGUUGGCUUCUCAUUUGUUGCUUUGUCUACUAAUUGCUGCAUUCUCCUCUGUUUAUGCAGCUCCAUCAUUAACGGGACUGCGGAGGCUGGCUUCAGGAAACUCCAUAUCCGUGGACGACGCAAACCAGUUCCUCAUUUCUCCAAAUGGAACCUUUUCAUCUGGGUUUUAUCGUGUAGGGAACAAUUCCUAUUGUUUCUCAAUAUGGUUCACAAAUAGCUUCGAUAAAACUGUCGUAUGGAUGGCUAACAGAGACAAACCCGUUAAUGGACGACAGUCUCGAUUGACCCUCAAUUUCGAUUCCAAUUUGGUUUUGACCGAUGCCGACGACACCGUCGUUUGGUCAACCGACACAACUUCCGACGGCGAAAUUGAGCUUCGACUUCUCGAAACUGGAAAUCUCGUGGUGAUGAAUCAAUCCCAACAUUUCAUUUGGCAGAGCUUCGACUUCCCCACCGAUACUCUUCUUCCAACUCAACGUUUUCUCAAAACAUCAACUUUGAUCUCAAUGAGAAGUCCAGCCACAUAUUUAUCAGGCUUUUAUUACUUCAAAUUCAACGAUGACAACGUUCUGAAUCUCAUUUUCAACGGCCCUUCACUCUCUAGUAUCUAUUGGCCUUAUACUUUGGUACUCGUAUUCGUGAACGGCCGAACUCCUUACAAUAGCUCCAGAAUUGCAAUUCUAGACGAGACGGGAAGCUUUAGAUCGAGUGACAAAUUCGAAUUCAAUGCUACAGAUUAUGGGGUUGGUCCAAAGAGGAGAUUAACAAUGGAUUAUGAUGGGAUUUUGAGAUUAUACAGCCUUGAUGAAUCGACCGGAAACUGGAAGAUCACGUGGCUUCCGGGUGGGAGAAUCGAUGCGUGUAUGGUUCAUGGGUUAUGUGGAGAUUAUGGAAUUUGUGAAUAUAAUCCAAUUCCAACUUGUACUUGUCCACCUGGUUUUUCAAGAAACGAUCCUUCAGAUUGGACAAAAGGGUGUAAAUCCCCUUUUAAUUUCACCUGUGAUUCCAAUUCUAAUUCUUCCAAGGGAGUGGAUUUCAUUCCUCUUCCUAAUACGGAUUACUUCGGCUAUGAUUGGGGUUAUGCCUCAGGCGUGUCCAUUGAAAUAUGCAAGAACAUUUGCCUUAGUAAUUGCGAGUGCUCUGGUUUUGGAUAUGCAAUGGAUGGAUCAGCACAAUGUUAUCCCAAAACCGCUCUCCGUAAUGGGUAUCGAAAGCCCGACACGGCGGUGCAAAUGUUUAUGAAGGUUCCAAAGGGUUUAGGAAGAAGCUGGUUGGAGCAAAAUUCUUCAAGUGAAUUGAAUUGUUCGAAUUCAGAGCUUGUUCUGAACACUCAUAUGUAUGGGGAAAAGGGCGAUAAGUUCCGAUAUAUGGGUUUGUUAAUAGGAUUGGUAGUGACUGUUGGAGCGAGUGAGCUUAUUUUCAUUGGUUUUGGAUGGUGGUUUAUUUUUCGAAAGCGGGUGAAUGAAGAAUUGGUUAAUAUGGGUUACAUUGUAUUAGCCAUGGGGUUCAAAAGAUUCUCGUAUGAGGAAAUGAAAAGAGCCACAAAAAAUUUCAAGCAAGAGAUUGGAAAAGGAGGAUUUGGUACUGUUUACAAAGGAGAAUUGGAAGAUGGAAGAGUUGUGGCUGUGAAGAGAUUAGAAGGCGUUUUACAAGGUGAUGCAGAGUUUUGGGCAGAGGUUAGUAUAAUUGGAAAGAUAAACCACAAAAACUUAGUGAAAUUAUGGGGUUUUUGCGCUGAGAAACACCAUAAAAUGUUGGUAUAUGAGUAUGUAGAAAAUGGAUCAUUGGACAAACAUUUGUUCUCGGAUGAUUCAAUUGAAGAAGUAACGUUGGGGUUGGAACAAAGAUACGAAAUUGCAGUUGGAACAGCAAAGGGUUUGUCGUAUUUGCAUGAAGAAUGUCUUGAAUGGGUUCUUCAUUGCGAUAUCAAGCCUCAAAACAUACUUCUUGAUGAGGGUUUGGAAGCGAAAGUUGCGGAUUUUGGAAUGUCGAAGCUUUUUGGAGAAAUUAAUGAAAGUGGGUUUUCAAAGGUGCGUGGGACAAGAGGGUAUUUAGCUCCGGAAUGGAUGAUGAAUCUUAAGAUUGAUGCAAAGGCAGAUGUUUAUAGUUAUGGGAUUGUUGUAUUGGAGCUGAUUAGUGGGAAAAAUGCAUCUAAUUUUCAAUGGUCGGGCAAUGAAGAAGAAGGGGAAUGUACGGAUUUAGUGAAGUGGAUAAUGAAGAGGAUUGAAAAAGGUGAGGUUAAGAAAGUGGUGGAUCAGAGAUUGAAUGUGGAAGAUGGAGAGCAAAAGAAAAAGAUGGAAAUAUUGUUGAAAGUGGCCGUUGAAUGUGUAGGAGAAGAUCGAAAUUCGAGACCUGCAAUGAGUCAAAUUGUAGAGCUUCUUACUUGCUACGAACGAGAUGUUGUUUGUAAUUGAAAAAUGUUAUCCUUACGCACAAUAAUAUUGGCAU